UUUUGCAUAGUUCCAGCUUAAUUGUGGGACUUGCCAUCAAAGCUGUUAUUUCCCCUUCUGAGGAAGCGCUGUGAAGUCAUGGAAUCUCUGCUGCUCUGGAUAAUCUUUUCUUCCUGGGUCGUGACUGAUUAUUAUGUGUUUGUGUUCAAUGGGACGACGAAUUCACUUUGUAGUUGACCCUCAGGGUUGGUGCUGCAUGGGCCUGAUUAUCUUUGUCUGGCUGUACAACACAAUCUUCAUUCCAAAGGUCAUCCUUUUUCCUCACUAUGAAGAGGGACAUAUUUCAGUUGUGGCAAUUUUGUGUUAUUAUUUUUGCUCAUUGUUUUGUAUAGCUUCAUUACUAAGAGCCUCAGUAGCUGAUCCAGGGAAGCUACCUGAAAACCCAAAGAUACCAAUUACAGAACGAGAAUAUUGGGAAUUAUGUAACAAAUGCAAUAUGAUGAGACCAAAGCGUUCACACCAUUGCAGUCGUUGUGGACAUUGUGUGAGGAGGAUGGAUCACCACUGUCCAUGGAUUAAUAAUUGUGUUGGUGAAGACAAUCAUUGGCUGUUUUUACAGCUGUGUUUCUACACUCAAAUCCUUAGUUCCUAUACGCUGAUACUUGAUUUCUUCCAUUACUACUACUUUUUGCCUCUGAAAAAAGAAAACUGGGAUGUUUUUGUAUUUAGACAUGAACUUGCUCUCCUAAGAAUAUCUGCCUUCAUGGGUCUAAUAAUAUUAGGUGGAAUAAGUGGACUCUUUUACACUCAGCUAAUGGGUAUUUUCACUGACACUACAAGUAUAGAAAAAAUGUCAAACUGUUGUGAAGACAUAUCGAGGCCCCGAAAGCCAUGGCAGCAGACCUUCUCAGAAGUUUUUGGCACUCACUGGAAGAUCCUGUGGUUCAUUCCUUUCAGGCAGAGGCAACCACUGCGAGUUCCCUACCACUUUGCCAAUCACGUUUGAACAGAUGGAUGGUGGGCACAGAUGGGUCCUCCAUGCUGGAAGUGCGUUACAGGUUUUAUGAUAAUAGGACUAUGACAGUCUUCGAGUCAAUUAAAAUCCACCCACCAAUCGUAGGCAUCACAAUGUGCCCCAGGCUUUAUUUUAAUAGUGAUCUUGAUUCUGUUUUGAGAUUAAUACAACUUGUGUGUUUAAGUUCAGGCGUAUUUGCUUUCAAAUUAGCUUUCCAAAGGGAUUUCUUUUGUCUUUGAGGUUAAUACCAAAACCAAGUGACUAGAAUGCAGUCUUACUCUAUUUGUUUGAUACUGGCUCUUUUGAUAUUUUUUUUUGUGGUAGGCAACACUGAAGUUUACAUUGAUUUGUUAGAUUUUGCAUUGAUUUGUUACAUUUCCCACUAAGUGUCUUCUUCUUCUGCCUUUAAUUUUUAUUAGUGUUUUUAUCAGUUUUUAUCAGGUCUUAUCUGUCUAGAUAAUACUCAUGACUUUCUUCUGCUACCUGUGUUUAAAAUUCCCCGAUACUGCCAUUUAUUUAUGAUAUGCAAUAGUAAUCCUUCAGCACCAUACUAUAAAAGGUAACAUUUAAAACUGAGGCAGACUUCUUCCUAAACCUUUCUCAAGAGAGGCUUUUAGAAAUACACAAAAAUGUAUGUGUUUAUCUAGAAAGAUCUUACGUCGUACAGUGAUCUUUCUGCAUAGAUAUGACCUUAGUGAAAAAUGUCUUUAUGUCAACAAAAGUGAUAAAAUGUUCCAGGGUAAAAUGUGCAGAUAGAAAGCAUGUUUUCCCUUUAUCGCAAGGAUUUCUUUGCAAUAAGUCAGCAAAGGAGUUGUAUGGUGCAAAUACUAGAAUAAUUACUUUUCAA